CCCAAAGAAAAGAUUCUCUCCCCUGAACUUCUUUCUCACCAUUGAUUGCCCAUGCUCUCUUUCUCCCUCCUUCGAUGCGUUUCUAUCUCUUUCUUCUUAGCUCAACGAAGCAUAUUAACAACAUCUACUCUCCUAGGAGAUCUGUUCUACUUUGAGUAUUUUAACAUAAUUUUUAGCUUUUGUUCGGAGCUUUGGAGCUCUAAAAUUUGUUGCUUUCUACGAAUUUCUUGUCCCUCUUUCCAAGGUGCUUUCAUUUUCGUAAUUUCACUGCGGCUAUCAAAUCUGCUUAAUGCAUACCCAAAACAUUCUUUAAGCUCUGGUUUUUUAGCAUGCCUGCUUUUGAUUUCCGGAGCUAGUUCCAGAGUAAAUCAACACUCGUCAUAAAGGAACUUUAACCUUCAACUCUGCUACUUCCGAUUUGUUUCUUAGUCCUGAUUUCUGGUCCCUAGGUAUACUGGUGAAGCUUCGAAGGAGCUCAUGGAAGGUGAGAAACUCAGUAGGCUUCUCCUUGCUCCUUUGCUUAUUUUCUGCGUGCUGUUAGUGGUUUCAACUAGUGGGAUUGGUGUAAAUUGGGGGACACAGUCGACACACCCACUGGGGCCAUCCACAGUGGUGAAAAUGCUAAAAGAUAAUGGGAUUCAGAAGGUUAAGCUAUUUGAUGCCGAUCCCAAUAUUUUGGACGCUUUAAAGAAGUCUGGGAUUCAAGUGAUGGUGGGUAUUCCUAAUGACAUGCUAUAUACGCUGGCUACCAGUACGCAAGCUGCUGAAAAAUGGGUUUCGAAGAAUGUUUCUGCUCAUAUCUCUUCCGGCGGAGUAGAUAUCAGGUAUGUUGCAGUGGGGAAUGAACCUUUCCUGUCAACUUUCAAUGGCACCUUCGAAUCCACAACUCUUCCGGCUCUUCAAAAUAUACAGGCAGCUCUCACAAAAGCUCGUUUGAGUAAUCGUGUUAAAGUCACUGUCCCUCUGAAUGCAGAUGUGUAUUUGAGUUCAUCUGAUAAGCCUUCUGAUGGCGAUUUCCGGCCAAACAUCCAUGAACUGAUGCUGCAGAUUGUCAAGUUCUUGAGUGACAAUGGAGCUCCUUUCACCGUCAAUAUCUACCCAUUCAUCAGUCUCUAUGCAGACUCCAAUUUCCCUGUUGAUUAUGCCUUCUUUGACGGUUUUCAGAGUUCUAUAAAUGACAAUGGCAAAGUCUAUGACAAUGUCUUUGAUGCCAACCAUGAUACUCUGAUCUGGGCAUUGCAGAAGAAUGGCUUUGGAAACUUGCCUAUUAUCAUUGGAGAAAUUGGCUGGCCAACUGAUGGAGACCUACAUGCGAACCUUCAGUAUGCUCAGCGUUUCAACCAAGGCUUCAUGUCUCGCUACCUCACAGGAAAAGGGACUCCGAUGAGGCCCGGCCCUUUAGAUGCAUACUUGUUUAGCCUAAUCGAUGAAGAUGCAAAGAGCAUUCAGCCAGGUAACUUUGAACGCCACUGGGGGCUGUUUUACUUUGAUGGACAACCCAAGUACCAGCUUAAUCUUGGGUCAACGAGAACAAAUGGUUUGGUGGGUGCAAGUGGGGUUCAUCAUCUGUCUAAAAGAUGGUGUAUUAUGAAACCAUCUGCAAAUCUGAACGAUGAUCAAGUGCCUCCAAGUAUUGCUUAUGCUUGUCAAAAUGCAGAUUGUACAAGUCUUGGCUACGGAACUUCGUGUGGGAACUUAGAUGCUAGAGGUAAUAUUUCUUAUGCUUUUAACAGCUACUUCCAAGCGAAUGACCAGAUGGAUGGUGCCUGCAAGUUCCCAGGUCUUUCUGUUAUCACUGAUAAAGAUCCUUCGACAGGAAGUUGCAAGUUCAGAAUAAUGAUCGAGUCUGUUUCUGCUAAGAAACUUGCAUCUAUUAGAACAGUGCUUUUUGUAUUUUUUCUUCUCUCUCUUCUGUAACUUUCCCAUUUCUGCUUAGUUUGCUGGUUUUCUAAUUUAUUAUCUUUUGAGAAAGUCAACUGAGUAAUUGAAAUUCAAAAUGACAUGUGGAUCCUGUGAAGAAA